UUAAGCUUUUUAGCCUGUUAGGGACCUGAGGGGCAGAGACUUCUUUAGAAACAACUGUCAAAAGUAAGGAAACAAACCAUUGACUUCGCGCAAUGCAGGUGUCACCACCUUCUUUGCUAAAUACUGCUAGUACUAUACAGUCCAUACUUCGUCCCCGUCUCCCUUUCCGCUUUAUAUUGAUACCUCCACCUCGCUACUUUCUCCCCCAUCUCAAUUCACUAUUUCCGCCAUCCAGAACCAGUCCCAGUAAACCAAAUCCUCUAUUUCGGACGCCAAAUCUAACCGCCAUGUAUUCCACUGCUAAGGCCAAAGCCAUCUCGGCCGACUCUUCCCCGGACCACGUCGCUGGAAAUUGGUACUCCGUCCCCGACCUCCGACUUCGUGACCACCGAUUCUCCGUCCCCCUCGACUACUCUCGCAAUCAGUCCUAUACUACCACUACUCCUAAAAUCUCCAUUUUUGCCCGAGAAGUCGUCGCGGCUGGGAAAGAAGACCAAUCCCUCCCAUACCUGUUGUACUUGCAAGGUGGACCCGGAUUUGAAUCUCCACGGCCAACUGAAGCAAGUGGAUGGAUUGGUAAAGCAUGUGAAGAAUAUCGUGUAAUUUUAUUGGAUCAGCGAGGGACAGGAUUAUCAACACCAUUAACACCAUCGUCUAUGUUGCAACUGAAGUCCGCUGAGGAACAAGCAAGCUAUCUGUGUCAUUUUCGAGCUGACAAUAUAGUUCAGGAUGCUGAAUUUAUACGAAAAUGCAUCGUUCCUGAUGGUGGACCCUGGACGGUUUUGGGGCAGAGCUAUGGAGGCUUCUGUAUAGUAACUUACUUGAGUUUUGCUCCACAUGGACUCAAACAAGCUCUUAUAACUGGUGGAAUUCCGCCAAUCAGAAGUGGAUGCUCUGCAGAAGCCGUAUAUAGAGCAUGCUUUGAACAGAUUGUUCAUCAGAAUGAGAAGUUUUAUGAGAGAUUUCCUCUGGACAUUGAAAUUGUGCAAGACGUUGUCAAACAUUUGGCAGAGACUGGAGGGGUGCGUUUACCAUCUGGUGGUAUCUUGACUCCCAGGGGAUUACAAAUUCUUGGUCUCACUGCUUUGGGAUCAAGUACUGGUUUUGAACGCUUGCACUAUAUGUUGGAGAGGGUAUGGGAUCCCGUAAUAGUUCCUGGAGAACGAAAGAGAAUAAGUUACAACUUUCUGAAUGCUUAUGAGAACUGGUUAUCUUUUGAUACGAAUCCACUGUAUGCUCUUCUGCAUGAGUCGAUAUACUGUCAGGGUGCAGCAUCACGGUGGGCUGCUCACAGGACACGGUUUGAACAUGAAAGUAAAUUUGAUGCGAUUAAGGCUGCCAAGGAAGGUCGUCCUGUACUCUUUACAGGCGAGAUGAUAUUUCCUUGGAUGUUUGACGAAAUUCAUGCAUUGAGUCAUUUCAAGGAUGCCGCUGAAAUAUUGGCUGAGAAGGAAAACUGGCCUCCAUUAUACGAUACAGAUGCACUUAAAAAUAACCAGGUACCUGUUGCUGCUUCUGUGUAUUAUGAAGACGUGUAUGUUAACUUCAAGCUGGCCAUGGAGACAGCUUCUCAAAUUGCGGGCAUUAGGCUUUGGAUAACCAAUGAAUAUAUGCAUUCUGGUCUGAGAGAUGGAGGGGGAGUGGUCUUAGAUCACUUGUUUGGGUUGCUAAACGGAAAGAAACCUUUGUUUUGAGAGCUUUCCAAAUCUGUUAAUCGGGGCUACUGCACAAGCACCAUGUCAUCAAACUAGUUUCAGGCUUCCAGGAUGUUAUAUAAAAAAAGAAAACUUUCUUGAGACAAUGGCAGCAGCCUGGAAUCUGACUUGGGAAAAAGUUAAAAGAAGGAAGGCUUGCCAUCACUUGUUGCAUAUUUAUGGGGGAUUUUUCCCAGAUGGAACUGAAACUUUAGUACUUGAUUACAAUGAUAAUCAGGAAUUAGCACUAGUACAGUAUAAAUUUUGCAGGAAGGCCUUUCUACUUUCUA